GUGUACAUGAAAUGAACACAAAAAAUUAAUAUUUUAACUUGAUAGCGUUCUUUUUAUUAUUUUACUGUGUUAUCUACCUGCUGUCAGCAGUAUAUAAAUGGUCGAAAUUUAUAUUAAAGACAUAGUAAAACUAAAGAAGUCUAAAGAAGAAGAAGAAGGCAGAAGAGCUACAUCUGAUCUGACUCUAUUGUUUGCUAAAGUAAACCAUAAUCGUUAGCAAAAUGGCAAUUACAAGAUUAUUGGGUUUCUAUCUACCCAUUAUCAGCAUUCUGUCAAUAUUCGUUCACACAAAUUGUCAAACGACACCAAGUGAGAAUAGUUCUUCAGAAGGUAUCUGUUUUAGUUCCAAUGAUGAGGUUUAUGUGGAAAUGAAAACAUCAGGUAAUUUCACCCUGAAAUGGAAAAAGCCCAAUCUCACUGGUUUAAUAACUUAUCAAAUAAGUCCUUAUAAAACUUAUGAAUCUGACUAUUGUAGAUAUUAUAGUACUAGUGAUGAUUGUCCAACUUAUACAGUAUUCAAUGUGAGGAAAUAUGUUCAAUAUGUUCAAUUUUUUGUUCAUAUUCUUGACGGAACUCCUUAUAGUACGUUGUCUAGCUCCGUAUUUAACUUCACAGGAAUAAAAGAUGGUUGUCUACUUAGGGGAGGUUUAGAAGUAUUUAAUAUCACUGAAACAUCUGCCAUUCUGCAAUGGAACAAGCCUAAAAAUUGUAACUACAUGUUUGUGAAUUAUACUGUGUUGAUAAAUCUUCUGGAGACAUUUGAAAAGGUAUAUCAGGAAAUACCUUUUCCUUUUAAUUCUACCAAUUUCACAGUGAAAAAUCUUUUACCAGGAAACGUAUACGAAUUUACAUUAGUUGCUCAUCAUUUCGCAGCAGAAACUAGUAAUAUCUAUAGCCCACAUAUCAGAACUAAACAUCAUUUAGAUUCAAAAAUUGAUUCUUAUCUCAGGGAAACAUCUAAUUCAACUGACGAUGAUCAACUCAUCGAAGUUUUACAAGUCACUGAUAGUAGCGUUGAAAUUAAGUGGUAUCAACCUGUGAAUAUUUCCAUCGCUGCAGACAAGGAGCUUUUUGUAAUCGAUUUAAAUAAUACUACGGAACCUGAGUCGCGUAAAAUGAAAGAUUUUUAUAAUCUUACAAUUAGAACAAUAGACGAGGAUACUUUAACAACUGACAUUGAUAACUUUGAGGAGUUAUGGCCUAACGAUAAGAUGUAUUUUAUAGGGACACUCUCAAAUUUAAAACCCAAAACAAAUUAUAUAUUUCUAAUUGCGUAUACGGUUGAGAACAGAGUUGUUUUUCUCAAAAGCAAAAAAGUCUUAACGUCUUAACUUAUUAACAUUUGAAAUAAAAUAAUUUAACACUGUUAAUUUGUAUAUAAUAAUAAAUAUAUUUACGAGACAUAAUAUAUAUAUGUAUAUAUACUAGGGGGGCUUCGCCCUCUGCGCGCCAACCCUCUAUUUAAAUUUACUAAAAUUAUUAAAUAUUAUUUUGAUUAAAUUUACAUUAUUUAAUAAAAAGUUUUUAAAUUUGAA